CAGUUCCAGAUACUUCCACUCUCGACAGUGUCUCUAGGUGUCUACAUAGUUUGAAAACAAAAGCAGGCCAAAGCCCCUGUUGAUGACAUCUGGAGAUGCUGAAGAUGUGGAGUGGGCUUCAGAGGAGACUGUGGCAACAUCCUGUGGUACCAACAUGGCAGUGUUUUCAGUAUGUGCACGUGAAAGUUGGAGACCGAGCGGAGCUCAGCAGAGCCUUCACACAGCAGGAUGUGGCUACCUUCUCAGAGUUAACGGGAGAUGCCAACCCUUUGCAUUUAAGUGAAGAUUUUGCAAAACACACCAAGUUUGGAAGAACAGUUGUGCAUGGAGUUUUGAUAAGUGGACUUAUUUCAGCUCUCCUGGGCACUAAAAUGCCAGGGCCGGGCUGUGUAUUUCUUUCCCAGGAAAUUAAAUUUCCUGCUCCUUUAUAUAUUGGAGAAAUGGUUUUAGCAUCUGCAGAAGUGAAAAGGUUGAAGCAGUCUGUUGCUGUUGUUGCAGUGUCCUGUUGUGUAAUAGAAAGUAAGAAGACAGUUAUGGAAGGCUGGGUUAAAGUUAUGGUCCCAGAAGCUCCUAGAUCCUGAAAUACAAAUGUAAAGUUAUACGUUCAAGAACCUGUGCUCUUGAUCAAAUGACAUCUGGGGAGGAGGGCUGUUGCUCUCCAUGAAGGAAUGCUGGUACACCCAGAAGCGAUGUGUGGAAGGGGAGAUUUCUAGAUUGGUGCAUGGUUUGUCCAGACUUAAAUAUGUGCAAGAUCUCAUCAUUUAUCAAGGUUUGGAUUUUCUUCCAAUUAAAAAACAAUUAAGAAGGGCUGAAGAGAUGGCUUAUCAGUUAAGCUCACUGGCUGCUCUUCCGGAGGAUCUGGGUUCAGUUCCUAUUAGUCACAUGGCAGCUCACAGCCGUGUGUAACUUCUGUCUCAGGUGACCCAACGCCGUCUUCUGGCCUAUGCAGAAACUACAUGCACAUGGUACACAGACAUAAUGCAAUACAAUAAUAGUAAAAAUCUUUUUUUAAAUUGA